UUAGAGAAGGGUUUUGUUUUAAAAAAAAAGGUGAAGAAGGGUAUAGGGUUUAAGAUAGGUGAAAUUCAGUAAAUCAGCCGAAUUGAAGCUUGAAGCUCCUCUUGAAGAAGUUCGUCAAUGGAGUCAGUGCUAGGGUUACGAGAGACGAAUUAUAACCUCGACGAAAAUCACAAAUUAGUUCCAUGGUUAAAUUGGGAAGAAUGGGAUUUCGUCAGAUUCUCUCUCUUCUCCUCUUCUUCCGAUUCCAUUGCCAAAGCUCUUCGUAGAAUAGCGGCUUGGCGAUGCAGAGGAUGUUUACCAGUUGUGAUUGAGGUUACGGCUUCGAUUGUCGAAAUUCAGCAAAAAGAUCCUUAUUUUAGUGAGGAGUUGAGUAAUGGAGCUUCGGAUUCAGAGGAUAUGCUGGCCAUGCUUUAUACCAUGGCUAUUAUGAGGCUUGUGAAUGGAGUUAUUGAGAAGACACGUAACAAAGCUGUGUCAAUAGCUGAUGCAGCUGUAGAAAUUGGCAUGCCACGCAUGCUGGUCGAUGUUCGUCAUGAGGGUUCACACCGGGAGCUUCCUUCCCUUCGGAUACUUCGUUUAGCUUCUACUAAGGCACUCAAUUGGUUGAAAUCCUUCUAUUGGGAUUCUCAGAAGAAUGCUAUUCCAUACCUGAGUGGGAAAAGUAUUGAUGUCAGGAAGGAAAUCAGGUCCAAGUUACGGGAUCUAGCAGUCAUUUUGAAAGUCAAGCAGAGCUCUGGAUCAAAUUCUUCUCUAGUAAAGGGGAACCGUAUUAAACAUCGUGAACAAAUGGUAGGUGCUUUUCAUGGACGCAAUAAAUUUUUGUCCGUUGUGGCUAAGAAAGUCCAAUCCUCUAAGUAUGUAGGAUCUAAGAAGCAGAUAAAGAGGACUUUAAAAAGCCUUGUUAGAUUAUAUUCUUUCUUUUCAUCAGAUGUGGUCGUGGUGUCGCUGGAGUUCUUACUUGAUGCAUCUAACUCAAUAGACUUGGUGAAAGUUCCAGAAGAAAUUCAGAUUAAAUUGAGCUUAGAUGUUGCUGAGGCUGUAUUUGAUGAAUGGAAACCUGUGAUAAGUAAGGUCUCCAAAAAGGAACCAGAGCUACUACUGAGUCUCUUGAAAGCAGUUCUUGACAUGAUUGAGUCUCGAAAAAUCAUUAGAGAUGAUUUUGGCAGCGAACAUUUCAGCCUACUGCAGUAUGAGCCAGAGAUGCAUAGAAUUGGAGUUCUAUCUUCGCUAUUUAAGUGGCUGGUGCUAGUUCUCAAAGGUCUUAAAUUAUUUCAACAUGAAGCUCAAGAAAGCCUAACAGAUGCUGUGGGUUGUCUUCCUAAGAUAACGUUAAUUGAGCUUGUGAGAAGAUGCUUUCACAUCGCAGAUCCUGAAAACCGGGACCUUCUGGAUUCAGCCAUGCUGCUGGCAGAAAUGGUUCGAGAUGGCUAUCUGAGUGAGAAGCUUGGCAAAUUGUCAUCCCUCACUAAACUUUAUCCUAGACUUGCUGAAGAUGGUGCUUCAGAUGUGAACCCCAAUGAUCUUAUACGUCAAGACAAGUAUAUUUAUGAAGCUGCUGAGAAAUUGGAAUUGAUUAAACGUUGUAAGAUUAACAAUGCAAGUAUUCGAAGCACUCAAGAUGACAUUAUGGAAGAUUCAAAUAUUUGGGUCAUUGCUAAAUCAUGGAAACCAUGCCCUAUAGGAAUGUUGCCUCGUGAUGUAGGUUCGUCGGGAUGCCUACCUGUUCUUGACCAUGCUGUUGAUUGUGAAAAUAAGGGGCCUUUGAACUCAACAGACACCGAGAAACAUCUCGAAUUAAGGAGUUGCAGUAAAAGGAAACCUAGCGGUGAUAUUGUGACGAUAAAUGACUCGAGCAUGGAGAGAAUAAGAGAGAUACAGAAUUCUGAUUUCUGCAAGUCAGAUAAUUCAAAUGCUAUUGCAACAUCUGAUGGGAUCAAAGGUCUACUUUUGAUUGGUGGGGAUUGGCAAAAAGUGGGAUAUCAAGAGCUGCAAGACAUCAAAUCUCGCAUCAGCAUUUUAGUGAAUACGAGAAUGAGUUGACAAACGGACUACUUGUAUCCGAAUUUUGUUGUAAGUUAAUCGCAUUAGCGUUUAGUUUUGGUUUUACGUUGGGUCAUUUGCUACCACAGUUUUUUCCAAUGAUAAUUUUUUUGUGGUUAUGCAUGCUCGUCUUCAAACUUACCUUAAUUAACGGACUACUUCUGAAGGAAUUAUACCAGUUAUUGCAGUUUAUGAACAAUCAGUA